GGGCAAGGCGUGGGCUGGCUCUCGGAGGGAGAAAGGGGCUUCGACUUUCCCUUCGAUCCGCCUUGAGAUGUUCGCCCUCUUCCUGCUCUCUCUCCUUUGCCCGGCCUUGGCAUCAUCAUCAUCAUCAUCCGCUAUUACAUCACAGAGAACUUUUGGAAUUGAUUAUGGCCACAACUGUUUCCUCAAGGAUGGGCAACCGUUCCGUUACAUCUCAGGCAGCAUCCAUUAUUCCCGUAUUCCCCGGUACUAUUGGAAAGACCGCCUCCUGAAAAUGAAAAUGGCCGGCCUUGAUGCUAUUCAAACCUAUGUGCCAUGGAAUUUUCAUGAACCUGAGCGAGGAGUGUACAAUUUCACAGGCGACCGAGAUCUUGAAUAUUUCCUGCAGCUUGCUCAGGAGGUUGGCUUGUUGGUCAUACUGCGAGCAGGACCAUAUAUUUGUGCUGAAUGGGACAUGGGGGGCUUACCUGCCUGGUUAUUAGAAAAAGAAUCUAUUGUCCUUAGAUCUUCUGAUCCAGAUUAUUUGACAGCAGUAGGAAGCUGGAUGGGGAUUUUCCUACCAAAGAUGAAGCCUCACCUUUAUCAGAAUGGAGGUCCAAUUAUUAUGGUGCAGGUUGAAAAUGAAUAUGGAAGUUACUUUGCCUGUGACUUUGAUUACCUUCGUUACCUGCAAAAUCUUUUUCGGCAGUACCUUGGGGAUGGAGUUGUUCUAUUUACUACAGAUGGUGCAAGCAUGUUUUACCUGCGAUGUGGAGCUCUUCAAGGUCUUUAUUCAACUGUGGAUUUUGGACCGGGUAGAAAUGUGACAGCGGCAUUUUCAACACAGAGACACACUGAGCCUAAAGGCCCCUUGGUCAAUUCAGAGUUCUACACUGGCUGGCUGGAUCAUUGGGGUCAUCGUCAUAUCACUGUGCCAGCGUCAAUUGUAGCUAAAAGUCUUAGCGAGAUCCUGGCGAGUGGUGCUAAUGUGAACAUGUACAUGUUCAUAGGAGGGACUAAUUUUGGCUAUUGGAAUGGAGCAAACAUGCCUUAUAUGGCACAGCCUACCAGCUAUGAUUAUGAUGCUCCACUGAGUGAAGCAGGAGACCUUACAGAGAAAUAUUUUGCCAUCAGGGAAGUAAUUGGUAUGUUCAAGAAAUUACCAGAGGGCCCUAUACCUCCAACAACCCCCAAGUUUGCUUAUGGCCGUGUCCCACUGGUGAAGGUGGGUGCAGUGAGGGAGCUUCUCAAUGACUUGUCGCCAUCAGGACCAGUAAAAUCCAUGUACCCUUUACCAUUUGUUCAAUUGAAGCAGUACUUUGGAUAUGUAUUAUACAGAACCAAGUUACCAAGAAACUGUACUGAAGAAACUCCUCUAUCAUCAACAUUUGAUGGAAUUCAUGACCGUGCCUAUGUCUCUGUGGAUGGGGUUCGUCAGGGAAUUCUUGAAAGAAGCAGUCUAAAAAAACUGAAUAUAACAGGGAAUGCUGGAGCAGAUUUGGAUUUGUUGGUAGAAAAUAUGGGCCGAGUAAAUUUUGGAAGGUUCAACAAUGACUUCAAGGGUCUGAUUUCCAAUGUUACUCUUGGUGAAGAAAUACUCACUGACUGGGAAAUAUAUCCAUUGGACAUUGACCGUGCAGUAGCUGAGGGCCUGGAGAAUAAAGGAAAUGCGUCAAGCUACGAAGUGCCUGCUUUUUAUAUCGGUAGCUUUUCCAUUCCUAGUGGAAUCCCUGACUUGCCACAAGACACCUACUUAACAUUUCCUGGUUGGACGAAGGGACAAGUCUGGAUCAAUGGCUUUAACCUGGGACGCUACUGGCCAGUCGCUGGCCCUCAGCAAACACUGUUUGUUCCAAGCAACAUUCUUGUUGCAUCGGCUCCAAACAAUAUUACAGUUCUGGAGCUGGAGGAGUCCCCACACGCCACCCAGAAAUAUCUGGUUGAGUUCGUAGACAAGCCUGUUUUCAACGCAUCUUUUCACUAUGGCAGUAGCACUGAGAAGCUGUUCACUAGAGAAUUAUGGAUGAAUUAUAUAUGAUUAUACCGCACUACCUCUAUAUAUUUCAUUUUUCAUUCGAUAGACUCUCUUUUUUUUACACUCGCAGUUGGGAGCAGAGGGUAUCAGUGUUUUCAAAAUUAACUGUGGAGACUUUCAAAUCAGUGUAAUGUGUGAAAUAGUAUUAUCUAUCUUCUAUGAAAUUUUCUAUGAAAUAUUUGUGUUUGUAAUCAGCAAGAAGAUAAUAUGAUUGCCUGAGUGCCAAUUGGUUUUCAGCAAAGCUAUUAAAUGAGUCUGAUACAUUGUUAAAGAGAAUCAACUUCUAUUUCAGCUUAACUCUGUAUCCCCCUUUUUCCAGGUGCCUUCAUAUUCAGGCCGAGACUGUGAAGAUUUAUAGCUUGAUGGAAAAUGCUAAAGUCUGAACAGCUUUUAGUGCAUGAAAAUUCAGUAAAUAAUUAAGCCACCAGCUUGUUUAAAACAAGCAAGAUCUCAGGGACAAAGGAAGCAGCCAAACUAGCUAUGGCAAUAGCAAUUUGGCUGCUAACAUCGCAGUGAAACCCACUGUUUGCUUACAGGAGUGGGCAGGUGGACAAGGACUACCUGACUGCUCACUAAUAUGUAAACCUGGCUACUGCCUUGCUGUAUGAACAGUCAAAAGCUUACAUAAGUGGCUAUUGAACACCUCUCUACAAGAAGUUCUAAAAGCAGCAGCCACCAGUUCUGUCAGGAUGUGUGCUCACAAAGAGUUGCAAAAGCAUUUUAGCCUACGAGCCAUUAAAGAAGCCAUUUUAACAACUGUAAAAUGACAUUUCAACUAUUUUGGUAAUUUUUCUCAUAUUUUAAAACUGUCCUUUGUGGCCUUCUAGUAUGUGGAAAUGAAUGCAAAAUUGCCACAGUUCCGGUACAAAGUAUGUGAAAACGUUCCUUGAAUGGAUGCUGAUUUGAAAGUGAUUGUGUGGAUCUGUUAUCAUCCUUUGAUAACAUCUUUGGACAUGCUUUGAGAUGCAAGAAUACUUUGUUUUGCCAUCUGAAAUCCCAAUGUGAAAACAUAGCUGCUAAGUCUUGCAUGGCCAAAAUACAGAUGUUUAAUUAUUCAGUUUAUUUCCAGCCAAGUUGCACUUUCAAUGGAAUCCUAAGCAGUUGCUCUAAACAUGCAAAUUUCUUCCCUAUACUUCCACCAAUUUAUGCCAGCCGUAUACCGUAUAUAGAGAAUAUAAAUAAUAUUGGAAGUAGUCGCCUUGUAGAUCAUGCUUUUUGGAACCCUAAAUAAUAUAGUGCAGCAUAAUGAUUCCUUUCUCUCUCUGCUUAUUCUAUACUGUGAUUUGGAGAAGAGAGGUCAUUCUAUGAAAACUGUUUGUUCUCUUCAGGGGGCUUAUAUGUAAUGGAUGUCUGGAAAAGAUAUAAUUUUGACCAAUUUGGAGUCUAAUGCUGCAUGUAUGCACAGCAUUAGACUCCAGUGCUCUUUGAUUCAUAGAGGGGCUUGGUGUCUGCUCUAGUUUGGUUCCAGAGCCCCUCGUAGAUACCAAAAUCUGUGGAUGUUCAAGUCCCAUUAUGUAUGGUGUAAUAAAAUGGCAUCCCUUAUCUAAAAUUGCAAAAUCAAGGUUUGCUUUUUGGAUUUUAAAAAAUACAAGCCAUGGAUGGUUGAAUCCAUGAAUUCAGAAUCCAUCUAUAUCAGUGGUUCUCAACCUAUAGGUCCCCAUGUGUUUUGGCCUACAAUUCCCAGAAAUCCCAGCCAGUUUACCAGCUGUUAGGAUUUCUGGGAGUUGAAGGCCAAAACAUCUGGGGACCCACAGGUUGAGAAUCACUGAUCUAUAUGAAGCACUCACUGUAUAUUGUUUGAUACGUCAUUCUUUUGUCAAGGAACUCAUGGUAGCUAACUGGAGUUUACAUUAUCUUAGUCUUUGAAUACUGUGAUGUAGAUUAAUUGAGAGUUGUUCAAAUUGGUGAUCUCCAUGGUCGAUGAACUUUUCACACUUGCACAAGGGCAGGGGAACUCCUUUCUGUCAAGACCUACAAUUCCUCAUCAGCAAUACAAGAAGGCUCACCUUGCAGGUCAUAACUUUAAAUGCCCAGGGUUUGCAUAGCACUAUUUUGUCCUGUUCGCCUUUCCCCGCAGCUUUCCAUUUCUGCUUUUCCUUUUAUUCGUCCCUCCUCCCAUUAACCCAAGUCGGAACAGACAACUUGCAGUGUGUUUCUCCUUUAUUGCUGUAUUCAUUUCUGUCCCAUCUCUGAUUUUUAUAGUCUCCCCCCACCUUGCAAAGCUUCUAUCUUCAUGAUUCCCAGAAAGUUUGCAAUGUCUCAAGGACUGCACAAAAUUAGGAUGGAGGGUGUCUGCCGCUCCAGGUUCCCCACCAUUAUGAUAUGCAACAACCUAAACACAUUGUUACGCUAGGGUUGGCUGUAUUAUGCACAGUAUUUGAAAGGUAAGAUGCAUCCUAAAAAUUGGAGGAACAUAUUUUAGGUAGGGUUAGCCGCUAUUUAUCUGCAAAGCUAUGGAUGUAAUUGAACUAGAUACAGUAAGAGAUAGAUCUAAAUGGAGAUUUGAACCCAGAUGCCAAUGUUAGUAGGGAUCCUGUGCCUUAACUGAACUCACUUUAUGAAUGAAACAGAUGAGGUUUAAUCCAUGUCUUCUGCAAGGAAGGGCCUGGAAAAAAUGUGCCUGAACAUCUUAAGAUUCAUAAUCACUGUAAACAUUGUUGAGCUAGAUGGACCAAUGGAAUAAAGCUACUUUUUCUAUCUUUUUACAAGUAUUGUAUUCUGAGUUGGUAUGAAAAUACUGUCUGUAAUAUUUUGUCUGGAAUAAUACAACAUAAGAUUUGAUGUUGCUGCUUUAUAGAGCCUUGUUAUCAGAGAGAGCUUGUGAUUUAUUACUCUACUGUAAACCCAGCCUGAUGGAUUGAUUUCAGCAAAUGUUGUUGUUAAUUUUUGGCUUUAGUUUUUGGCACCCUUAUGAAUGAGAGAUCUAUAUGACAUAAAAUCGAAGACUUGAAUAUUAACAUACUCUUAUUCAUAUUUAUGGAUAAUUUGGCUAAAAAACAAUUGACAAUGUUGUGAUUAAAGAAAGAUAAACUGCAAAAAUUUAAUGGAUAUGGACCAAGAGGUUGCUCUGAUUGAAGAAAUGUUUCUUGAACAUGUUGUCAAAGGCUUUCAUGGUUUUUCCAUACCUCACAACCUCUGAGGAUGCCUGCCAUAGAUGUGGGUGAAACGUCAGGAGAGAAUACUUCUAGAACAUGGCCAUACAGCCCGGAAAACAUACAACAACCCUGUUUCUUGAACUUUGAACAGACUCAUUUAAGUGAUUUUUGCAUACUUUAGUUACUUUCGCACUAGCGUUAUUAAACUGGAUUGAUCAUUCAGUUUUUUCAAGAGAAUUCAUAUUAUGCUAUUUCUUACCUUCGCAUUCUGAUGCAUUUUUCUGUUUGCCUUUCAAAUCAAAUUUGUGAUUUACUUUUCCCACUUCAGACCAAAUUUGUGCACCAGUUGAAACAGUGUGUACUGGCUAGACACUGCUCAGCCUUUCAGAGCUCCUGUAGUUUUAAUUGCUCUGGGAGUGAACAUCGGAUCUGAAAGGAAGCCCACUAAUAUCUCUGUUAUGGGCCAGACUCCAUUUGGGUUGUAUCUGUAUGUACUUAAAACUGGUGCUGCAUCUACACUGCCAUAUAAUUCAAUUUGAGAAUGCAGGUUAACUGCUUUGAAGUGGAUUAUAUGAAUGUACACUGACAUAUAAUUCAGUUCAAUGCAUUUAAUCUACAUUCAGAAACUUGAUUAUAUGGCAGUGGGAAACCUACCCCUCCAGAUCGGAGAAAAUUGCUCGGCUCACUUAAUGGCUGAAUAUGCUUGAUUUCCUUUUCCUUUCCUUUCAUCUUUUUGUGUCGUGCCUGAUUGCAGAAGUUGCAAGGAGGAAGCAUUUGAGGGAAGUUUGUGGAGACAUUAUUUUUGAGCAAGAUCUGGUUCAGCCUUCAAAAAGCGUCUUUGCUGUGGGAAUGGGCAUUGCCAAAUAAUGGUCAGCAUUGUUUUAAGGUCACACACAGGCAUUCAGUUGCAGCACACAAGUAGAAAGGUUUUACUGAGCAUUGUCCAAUGGCCAUAUCUAGUUAACAGGAAUAGAAGUGAAAGUCCACAUGCAGAACAUGUACAAAUGUACAUUAGAGGGGUGUUUGUGAUCUGCUUUGGCCCUCUGCUCAACUCAUAACAAUGAAGCCUAUGACCCUAUUGCAAAGUGCUUGGAAACUCAGUGCAGAACAACUACUGAUACAUCAUGUAUAUGCAUAGCAACUGUGCAAUGCCAAUGGGAUAUAACUCCUCUAGCAACUAUUUACAGUAUAUUAUGAUGAUGUAGCCAAAUAAUAAGCGUGUCAUUUUCAUUUCUGGCCAACAGCACUGCUGAGGCAUUGAUUUUGUUGGGAAAAAGGUAUGGAAGCAAUCUCUGUUUGUGUUCCAGUUAAUAUAUAAAGUGCCUUUGAUAUUGUCAGUGCUGCAAACCUGGAAUAUCUCUUGUUUCCAUCAGUUGCUAAUCCCAGUCAGAACAAACAAUUGAAUCAAUCGUUGAAUGGUAAAUCAGCACUAUUGUGAAUAUCCAGAUGAUGAGGAUGAUGAUUGUUUAUAUUCCAUUCAUUUCCAAGCCUGAGACUCAAGCCAUUUUAAAACAAUUAAAGAAACAUAGCAAAAAUGAACUCAUUCCAAAGUGGAAAAUGUAGUUAAACUAUCAAUGAAAUUGAAACUUUUUAAAAAUUACCAUUGCCAUUAAAAAGAAAAUGACAAAUAGACAAAAUAUUGCCUUGUGCAAGGCCCAUUCUCUUUGAGCAGUUGGCUUUCAAAACCCUGUCAAUGUUCUCCUGCCUGUGGAAAAUAGAGGAUUCCAGAAAGAAAGCCUGGGAGAUGGUCCUAUUCAAUGUAUCCACCUGAUGCACUUAUGAGGAUGGUGGGUUAGUGAGAAGGACCUCUUUCCCCCAGAAGAUCUCAAAACACAGGCAGGCUCAUUUGGUCCUUUGGAUAACCUGGGCCUGAACUGUAUAUUAAUUCAAUGGGUAUAUUCUAGUUAGGACUAGUAUUUGGACUGAACCCACUGAAACUCUUUUUUUGUGCAAACUCUUUUUUAAUGUCUAUGACGGCUGAUAGCAAACCAUGUAAUUUACUGGCUAUUUUGCAAAAAGCUUUAUGAAGCCAAUCCUUACAAAUAAAAAGUGAAAAAUUAAAUUGA